GCUCUGAGGAGCCGGACCUGACUGUCCGGUUCAUCCAGGCCAAGGGGCCAGUGAUCUACAUCUGUGGGUCCCUGGAGAAGUUGCAGGAGAUCAUGCGCCUGGCGCAGGCUCAGAACAUGACCAACGGUGACUAUGUCUUCUUCCACCUGGACAUUUGGGGGGAAAGCCUGAAAGCUGAGGGGCAUCGUGAGGCAGCCAAGCCCUGGCAGAGCAAGGAGAGACAAGAUGCAGGAGACCUCCGAGAGGCCUUCCAGACGGUGCUGGUGGUCACUCCCCAUGGGCUCCAAACCCCCGAAUACCAGCAUUUCCAAAGCCAGCUGAUCCUGCGUGCCCAGAGAGACUUUGGUGUGGCAGUGAAUGACUCCAUGGGGACGCUGGUGGCCGGCUGCUUCCACGAUGUGCUGCUGCUGUAUCUCAAGGCCCUGAACAAGACGCUGCAGGAAGGUGGAAUCAAGCGGGAUACAAGACGCAUCUUGGAAAAGAUGAGAGGCCUGAAAAUCCAAGGUGUCACUGGGAUGGUGAGCCUCAACAGCAACAAUGAACGAGAGAUGGAUUUCGACCUGUGGGCCAUGAGGGAUGUGGAGAGUGGAGAAUUCCAGGUAGUAGCUCAUUACAUCACAUCAGAGAACCAGAUCAACUGGACAGGACCCAUCCACUGGAAGAAGGGAGGCCCUCCUCUUGACAACCCACCCUGUGUCUUCGACAAGGACGACCCCUCCUGUGGUAAGGCUGGGUGUGUCCAGGGGUAGAAGGACUUGAUCUCACUGGCCUGUCUAUG